GUGAGGUGCCCAGAAAAAUCUGAUCUUCCCAUCUUCUCUUGGGCUAUAACAUGAAGUUGCUAAACAUGUUGUAUGACCAACAGGUAGUCAUAAACACUAACUAUUUUAGAGAUCCUGCAGGUUUAGUAGGUCUCCCGCCACUCAAGAUCCAGAGCAGUGCACAUUUCAUUUCCGACCCCUGCUUAGUCUUCCUGAAACUGGACGCCGGGGCUGAUAAAUAAAACAUCCUUUGUGUGCUGCUGGAUGAUCACCGGAGCCCUUUCAGCUGUAUAAAUGGUGAAAGGCGACAUAAUCUCCCCACAACAAGAUCUGGACUGAGAUUCAGGUGCAAACAACAGAGAAAGGCACACAGCGGGAGGACCACAACAGCAUUUGGGAGCAAAAUGUUAAAACCCCAGCUGCACGGCGAGCUUCUGCACGACUGCCCGCCGGUUUUUGGGAAGCCGUGGUACUGGCAGCGCAGCAGCAGCGCCAUGGAGAGCACCCGCAGCCUGGCGCAGGUCAUCAUGGAGAUGCGCGAUGACAUCAAGAAGCUGGAGGCGGAGAACCGAGAGCUGCGGGGAGACUACGGUCCGCGGUCAUUUAGGGCCAUGCCAGGGGACGCCAGCCCGGUGUCUUCAGCAGCAGUGCAGCGGGCGGGAAUGGACGAAAACCCGUAUGUGAACCUGAGACGAAAUGCGUCUGCGCCAGUCCUGGAGGGACAAUACAAAGAGAACACUGUCAUGACUGUCCGAAGGUACUCUAUAAGCUCCAACCUAUCUGGUGUGACCAUGACCGAGGGAAGGACUGACAGGGCACAGGCCAGUGACUCUGGAUGGGGAAGACUACAGGAAGAUAUCCAGCAUGCUAAUGGCAUCUUUGGUAACUCGGCCAGAGGAGAAGUGGGAAAAGUGACCAUCAGGCACUCUCUGCACGAAUAUGUACACAAAAACAGUGCCAAGGUAAAAACUGUCACAUUCCUUCUACCUGUGGAUGACAUUUACACGAACCGGCCAGUUCUGACCAAACACCAGGAGGAGCCUAAAAUCACUGAGCUGGCUUCCAUAACUGAGACAGAUUCCUGAGAGAAGCAGAACUGUUUGGGAGUUUGGAUGUGGCAAUGGGACAAAAAUGCACACAUGAACUGAGCUUCAAAACAGGAUGACCUCUUCAUUUAGGUCAGUGUGGAUUGGGCUCUUAAUGAGUGAGCCAGCAGACCGAUUUUAUCACACCUGACCACACAAACAGAAGACUCUGGUUACAGGUGUUGUUUUCAUCCGGCCAUCGCUAUCCAGGCCCGGUUAACAGUGAUGAGACACGGGGCCCUCUGCAGCGAGGAUCAGAUGUCUGGACUCCUCUCCCGACCUAGGGCGACGUUUCAGAGUGACACACCUGCAGGUGAUGACCCUUUUACGGACAGUUGCGGUCCCUGACUCAGGCCUCGUGAGCAACAUCAGACUCAUUAAUUAUUCAUCUUUGUUUCUUUUCACGAUGUAAACUGAAAUGGGUAGUCAAGGGGCCACAUGUGUGUUCAAACAUGUGACCUGUUUCUUCACAGUGAUCAAAAAAAGAGUGUGUGUUGUUAGUACACAUCACACACUGUAGUCAUGUAUGGAAAGUUCCUUGUAAAUAUACCAGUGUAUGGCAUACUCACAUGAACAUUUAAGUCAGUCACCUUUAACAGUCAUUAUACGGUAAGCUAUUACAUGUGAUAUAUGCAGUGUUAUGAAUUAUAUAGGCACAUUUCAAAUUUCUCAUUUAUUAUUAACAUUACAUUUAAAAAUAAAACCGUCAUAUCAAGUAUUUCUAACCAGA